AUAGAGCACAAAGGAGGAAAACCAGGAUCUGCAGCCAUAGGGCAAAGGGCUAGGCAGAGUAGUAGUAGUGGCAGUAGUAGCAGUGUCAUUAUUGUUAGUCUUUUUUUUUUUUUAGACAAUAUUCACUGAGUGACCAUGGCUGAGUACAAGCUGGAGCUGACAACAGGUGACAUGCAAUAUGCAGGAACACUAGAUCACAUAUUUGUCACCUUGUUUGGAAAUGAAGGGCAGAGUGAGCGCACUGAGUUGAACAACUUUGGCAUUGACUUCACAGCUGGGAAGACAGGGACCUACACCAUCAAAACCAAGUCAUCUCUGGGGAAACUUCUACUGGUCAAGGUGGAGAAAGAUCCCUAUUUUGUUUUCCCGGAAGACGAGUGGUACUGCUCCAAAAUGGUGGUGACAACUCCAGAAGGAGAUGUCAUCCUCUUCCCCUGUUACAGAUGGAUCUCCAGGGGAGAACUGGUGGAGCUGAGAGGAGGGAGAGCCAUGAAAGUUUUUGAGGAGGAACAUCCCCUGUUGGCUGACCACCGGAAAAAAGAGCUGACACUUAGAAAGAGCUUGUACCAAUGGAAAAUUAUGUCUGAAGGACUACUCCAUGUCAGCAGUUUCAAAAUGUCAGAGCUCCCAGCUGAGAUCCGCUUAUCUAAGUCCAAAACUGACGAAACACAUUACGAAAAGAUGAAAACGGGCAUUGAACUAAAGCUUAAGGGGCUGCUUGGAUCAACAGAAAGAUGGAAAAGCAUUGAGGACAUGAAAAAAAUCUUCUGGUUCAAAAAGACAACAAUGUCAGAGUAUGUUACAGAGCACUGGAAGGAUGACGACUUUUAUGGAUACCAGUUUCUGAACGGAAUCAACCCCAAUGUGAUCAAGCGCUGCUCAGAGCUUCCCCCAAACUUUCCAGUCACAGAGGAGAUGGUGAAGCAGUUUCUGGAAAAAGGGAGCUCUCUGCAGAAGGAAAUGGAGAAAGGAAAUAUAUUCCUCUAUGACCAAACGAAGAUGGAUGGAAUACCCCCUAGAACCAACAAUGGUGAACCUUUGCAUGUAACUGCUGGUCUCUGUUUGUUCUACUUGAACCCUGAAAACAAACUGAUGCCGAUUGCAAUUCAGCUGCAUCAACAACCGUCUGAGCAGAAUCCCAUCUUUCUGCCCAGUGACACGGAGACAGACUGGCUGCUAGCCAAAAUGUAUAUCAAAAAUGCAGAUUACAUGGAUCAUGAAGCAGUCCAUCACCUCAUGAGAACUCACUUAGUGGCAGAGGCCUGUGCUGUUGCCACUUUUCGCAACCUCCCUGUGAUUCAUCCCCUCUAUAAGCUCUUGAUUUCACACUUUCGGUACACUAUCUUCAUAAACAGUGCUGCUCGUGAAAAACUUUUGGGACCUGAUGGACCCCUAUCAAUAAGUUCACUUGGAUAUGAGGGACUGAUGGAGCUCAUGAGAAGGUCUCUCUCUGAAAUGACCUACAGCUCCCUCUGUCUGCCAGAGAACAUUGCUGCACGAGGACUGGAGUCAAUCCCUAACUUCUACUACAGAGAUGAUGGACUGAAGCUGUGGAACAUCACUGCCAGCUUUGUGAAGUCAGUCGUGGAGUACUACUAUCCCUCUGACAGUGAGGUUGGUAAAGACACCGAGCUGCAGGACUGGAUCAAUGAGAUAUUCACCCGUUGCAUCUUAGGAAACACUGCCUCAGGGUUUCCAUCAUGCUUUAACACUGUGGAGGAAGUGAUCAGAUUCGUCACCAUGGUGAUCUUCACAGUGACGGCUCAACAUGCUGCAGUCAAUAACGGACAGUUUGACUACGGCUGGAUGCCCAAUAACUCACUCCUGCUGCUCAAACCACCUCCAACCACUAAGGGGCAGUCAAGCAUGAAGACAAUCCUGGAGACCCUCCCAAAUAUUGGAGACACUGUCAAAAUUCAAGCAAUGGAGUGGAUGCUUUCAACCAACUACACUGAUAAGGUUCCCAUGGGUGCAUAUCCUGAGGAGCGAUUCCAUGAGCCUGCCCUUAAGCAGAUGAUUAAGGACUUUCAGGCAGAGUUGUCCUACCUCAGUGAAGAAAUUACAGCAAGAAACUUACAGCUUGAAGUACCCUACACAUAUCUGAACCCUACUCAGAUAGAGAACAGCAUAACUAUUUAACUAAACCAGAGGACAACUGCUGAUAAAUGAUGACACAAUGUGCUGAAAUGUAACUGCUUAAUGCUCCUAAUACAGCAAACUCUAUGGUAGCCUAUUUUCUGAGGGAGCCAUUCUGUAUUAGUUGAUAAGCUGAUCAUGAGGUGUUGCAUGCUAGUAGACUAUAUUUUAGUUGUACUUUUCUGCCAUGAUUUUGGUGCUUCAGACCUCUACAAGUGCAUAAAAUGUAUAUUUACAUAUUAUCAAUCAAUUCUGCAGAGCUACUGUGUGUUCAAUGCCAGUCAAGAUGAUCUAGAUAAUAUUAGAGUUCUGGCUUAGAGGCAGUUUCGCUUUACGUUUUUUUAUCAGCAAUUGAAAACACACAUAUAUACACACAUACACACAUGCACGUGGGCAUAAUGGACCAAUAGUAGCUUGGUUUGACCCCUUUUUAUCAAGUUUAAAAGUUGAGUUCAAGCUUGUUUGUUUAACCGCAUUUAUACAUUUAUAAAACUUUGGUAUAUUAUUUUUAUUGGAAAUGCAUGAAUUCGUCACCUUGAAAAUAUGGGCUCCUAAGUACAACCUCAUUGUAACAAAAAGUGAUUUCACCUGUGAUUUCCAAUUAAAGCUGACUGCAUGAACAUGCUUAUAAAAAAAAACCUGCAGCUUUUUCAGUA